UUAUUUCUUAGUUGUUUUCAUACUCGAUUAUUGCUCGCUCUCUCUCAAAACUAUUUUGUCCAUUUCCACUACUAAAGUCUUGGUCUUCCUUUCCUUUCAAAAAAAAAAAAAAAAAAAAAAAAAAUCUACAGCAAAAAUCUACCCAAUACUCUGUUUUAUCAAUUUUUGUUGCUUAUUAUUGCUCACAAAGAAGAGAAACGCACACUACUCCUUGAAUUACUUUGCUCUUACUCUCAGAUUAAGCCAUUAAGCUGCACUUAGUUUUAUUCUUGUCCUUCUUCUGCGUUUUUUCUUUACUCUUUCCUUCACUUUCAAUUCUGUGUACUUUAUAUUCAGUAUCCAUAAAUUUACUUUAAAAAAAAAAAAAAAAAAUUUCUCAACUUUUCUGAUACUGAUAGCAGAGAUCUGUUUCGUUAAAGGCGCACUUGUCUAGCAGAGAUCUGUUUGCUUAAAGCUAGAUUCUGUUUACCCAACUUUCCUUUAUUCAUAAACAUCUCACAAGAAAUAGGCAAUGGCUCAAGAAUUAGCUCUGGCUGGUCCCUCUAAAGUUGUAGAAGAUGCUACAUCAGAUAUAUAUGGUUUGCUUAAACAGCAAAUCUCUUAUGUGUUCAAGUACCAGAACUACAUCAACGACCUCAAGAAACAAGUUCAGGAGCUCAGAAAUAAAAGACAAAUGGUGCAGAAACCUGUAGAGUCUGCUGAAAGACAAGGGGAAGAGAUUUAUGAACUUGUUACAACAUGGCUGAAUGACGUGCAUGAGUUCACUGAAGAGGUAGCAAAAUCUAUCAUUGAGGAUGAAGAUAAAGCAAACAAGGGCGGUUGUUUCAAAUUGGCGUCAUGUCCUGAUUUGAUUCAACGUUACAGGCUUGGCAAAAAAGCAAUGAAGGCCACAAUAAAUGGUGCGGAUCUCUUGGGGAAAGGAAACUUUAGUCAUGUUUCCUACCGUCCUGCUCUACAGAGGACAGAAUCCAUGUAUGUUAGAGGCUACGAGGCCUUUGAUUCUAGAAUGCAAGUUUUGCAAGAAAUUAUGGACACAUUGAAGGAUGCUAAUGUUAACAUGAUUGGGGUGUAUGGGAUGGGAGGUGUGGGCAAAACCACACUGGUCAGAAAAGUAGCUUGGCUGGCCAGGGAAAACAAGUUAUUUGAUGAGGUGGCCGUGGCUGAGGUAACACAAACCCCAGACUACAAAAAAGUUCAAGAAAAAAUAGCUUUUGAUUUAGGCCUGGAAUUUGGGCAGGAGGGUGAAUAUCAGAGAGGUGGUUUACUACGGAAUAGGAUAAAGAAGGAGAAGAAUGUACUUGUAAUAUUCGAUGAUAUAUGGACAAAGGUCGACUUGGAUGCAAUUGGAAUUCCUUCCAGGGGAGCUGACAAACAAGGAAAAGAUGACAAGGUGAGGCGAUGCGUGGUAUUGCUAACUUCUAGAAAUCUGGAUGUAUUAAAAAAAGAUAUGAAGAUUCUGAAGAACAUCCCUGUUCAUCCUUUAUCUGAUGGAGACUCAUGGAAUUUGUUUGGGAAAAUUGUGGGUGAUUAAGCAGAAAACCAUGAUUUUCAUAAUGUAGCAGUUCAGAUAGUUACAAAAU